UCAAGAGCCUGAACAAAUCAUCAAAACCAACACUUCUACACAACUCAGAUCACAAACCCACAAAGGUUUUCAUUAACAUGGCUAAACUUCCAUGCAAGAAUCUUCUUCUUGUGGCCUUCUUCCUCCUUUGCUUUGUUACCAUUGGCGCAAAAGCAAGGAAUUUGAAAGUGGCAAACGACAUGAAUGAAGUAGAGAAGAAGAUGAAGGAGCAGGAAGAAAACUCCUUCACAUCCAAAGGAAAUGAGGUAGCCCCAGAUGCUGAUGAAUUGCUGGGGAUGGAUUACACUGGCCCCAAAAAGAAGCCUCCAAUUCAUAAUUAAAAUGGGAAAAUUUUGUCAACUUAUGACGAUUUUGAGCUUUCAUCCAUAGUCAGAUACUUUAGAAGAUAAAUUUGAAAAAUAGCUAUAUGUAUAUUUAUAAAAUAUAUGGUUUUCUUUACAUGAUAGAAGUGUAAACGGGCAAAAGGAGAUGGAUAUUGCACUAGGGUCUAGUGUCUGUGGAUUGUUUAUGUAAAUUAAUUAGGGCAUGUUUGGCUUGUAACAGCUUAAUGAGUUACAGAAUACAGAAGUAAAACUUGUCUUUUUGCUA